AUUAAAUUGCCCAUAUCUCUAGCUCUGUGUUAUAAAAUCGCGCGUCCUUCUUUCGUGACACGCAGUAAUACUUUGAAGAGCCUGUGAGCAACACUCGAGUUCUUUAGUCGAGUGUCAUUUAAGUAAAUAUUUUUCUUGCCUGAGUGCAAUUUAAACAAAAAAUUACUCAAGUGUCGCUUGAGAUGUCGUUAAUCAAGAGGAUUUCCUACGAUGAAGAAAAGAAAAAAAAUCCCGAGCUGAAAGAUUCCGAUAUACAAAUCUUAAAGGAUUGGUGCACGAAGCAACAGCAUCUUCCGAAAAUUUCAGACGCUGAAUAUGUACUGUUCUUGCACAGUAAUUAUUAUCGCAUCGAGCCUGCUAAAAACACCAUUGAAGAAUAUUACACUACUAGAACUCACAUGCCAGAAUUUUUCUCUGACAGGGAUCCACUUGGAACAAAAUCAUUGCGAGAAGCAUUUCAAACUACGGCGCAGAUAACAUUGUCAAUGCCAACAAAGGAAGGAUACAAAAUUAUUUAUUCGAAGUUAAUAGAUUACGAAGCGUCACAUUUUGUUUAUAACGAUGUCAUGAAGUACUUUUCUAUGAUGGUCGACAUGUGGCUGUACACCGAAGGGACCGCAGAAGGUCAUAUAAUUGUUAUAGACAUGAUAAAUGUUUCCUUCGCUCAUGCUGGCCGUCUUAAUCCCCUUGGGAUUAAGAGAUAUCUUUAUUAUUUACAAGAAGCUAUACCAAUCAGACUUAAAGGUUUGCACUUUGUUAACACUAACGCAGUCAUGGAUAUCAUUUUGGCAAUGAUGAAGCCGUUUAUGAAGAAAGAAUUAAUGGACGUGUUACAUAUUCAUACCACGAAAGAUACAUUAGCAAAGUUUAUACCAUUGGAAGCAUUCCCAUGCGAUGUGAAUUUAGAUGGAAAAUCUAAACCGUUGAAAGAACAGCAAGAGCAACAAUUAAAAAAGCUACAGGAUCAUCGUGAAUGGUUUCUACAAGAUGAAGUCAUGGGUCGUGUAAACGAAGCGUUAAGAAUCGGCAAAAGCAAAACGAUUGAUAUGUUUGGAGUCGAAGGAAGUUUCAAAAAAUUAGAUAUUGAUUGAUUUAUUUAGUUUAAAAUCGAAAAAGUAACCGUAUAAAGUAUUGCUUAAAAUAUAGUUGUCCUUUAUAUAUGUGUGCUAAAAGCAAAUCAAAAUUUAAUACUUGUAAUAGUAACACUAACAGUGAUAAAAAUAUAGAGAUUAUCCAAAAUUUCAUAAUUCAUUUAUUGGCAAUUAAUACUAAUGUUGCAUAAAUGAUGUAUUUGAGUAUUUGUCCUGAAAAUUAAAGAUUUUAUUCUAAAAGACAUGCAAAUUAUAAUAAUUAUGUAAUAAUAUGUGCAGUUAUAUAAAUAUACUUACAUAACAAGAAUAACAAGAAUUAUAACAAGAAACUCUAUAAAAACGUUUUAUCUCUACAUAUUAAUGAAAUAUUAAAAAUGUUAAUAACACGUUUUUGCAAUAA